AUGAACCAAAAGGAAUAUUCAGAAACUUUCUACCAUCCUUAUAAGCCCUAUGAUAUUCAAGUACAGUUAAUGGAAACUGUAUACAGAGUACUCUCCGAGGGAAAAAAAAUAGCCAUUCUCGAAAGUCCUACGGGGACAGGUAAAACGUUGUCCUUAAUCUGUGCUACGAUGACUUGGCUAAGAAUGAAUAAAGUAGAUAUUCUCACUCACAUGGAAGCUGAUUCUAAAAGGAAUCAGGAUGACAGUGAAAGUGCGAGUGAUGAUGAACCAGACUGGGUCAACGACACUUAUCAAAAGUCGCUUUUACAAGAUAAGCUAGCUUCAUUAAACGAUUAUGAAAAUCACUUGAAAGAGAUCGACGCGACUAGUCAUAAACAGUUGAAAGUAAUUCAUGAUCUGAAUGAAGAACACAGAAAAUAUGGUACUGUUGAAUCACUACGAAAGAGGCGUAAGGUUGCUCAGCAUGUCGAUAUAUCGCUUGAAGAACAUGAUUUUGUUGCACAGCCUUAUGAAUCGGAUUCUGAAACGAAUGGUAUCAUGAACAGCGUAAGAGGAGGAAGAAAAUCUGAAAAUUAUCACAAAUUGAGUGAGCUAAACUCAGAAAUAAUGACACUUUUGGACAAAAUUGAUAAAAACAUUUCAAAGGAUCCGAGUAAAAGCGAUCGCUUUGAAGUUGUAAAUCAUAAUCCAGUGAAAAUAUACUAUGCAUCUAGAACUUAUUCUCAAUUAGGACAAUUUACUUCUCAGUUAAGGUUGCCCUCAUUCCCAUCAUCAUUCAAGGAUAAAGUCCCCGAUGAAAGGGUGAAAUACUUGCCACUUGCUUCGAAAAAGCAACUAUGUAUCAAUUCCAAAGUGACGAAGUGGAAGACACGGGAGGCUAUCAAUGACGCAUGUGCAGACCUUAGACAUAGCAAAGAGGGAUGCAUGUUCUAUCGAAAUACAAAUGAAUGGCGUCACGGUCCUGAUACAUUAGCUCUUAGAGAUACAAUAUUCUCAGAAAUUCGAGAUAUUGAAGACUUAGUUCCUUUCGGAAAAUCUCUGGGAGUUUGUCCUUAUUAUGCAUCAAGAGAGGCUCUUCCUAUUGCGGAGGUUGUGACAUUACCAUACCAAUACUUGCUCUCUGAGUCUACACGUUCGAGCCUUCAGAUAAGCCUUGCAGAUUCUAUAGUAAUCAUUGAUGAGGCCCACAAUUUGAUAGAAACAAUAAAUUCUAUAUACUCUUCCCAGAUCUCGUUGGAGGACUUGAAAAAUUGCCAUAAGGGGAUAAUAACUUAUUUAAAGAGGUUCAAAUCCAGACUCAACCCUGGUAACAGGGUGAACCUAUUGAAACUAAACUCGCUUUUGAUGACGCUGAUACAGUUUAUAAUCAAAAAAUUCAAAAAGAUAGGACAAGAAAUAGACCCGAAUGAUAUAUUUGCAGGAAGUAAUAUCGAUACAUUAAACAUUCAUAAACUAUUAAAGUAUAUAAGGGUUUCCAAAAUUGCCUACAAAAUUGACACGUAUAAUCAGACUCUAAAAGAAGAUGGCUCGCUAAGAAAUCAAAAUCCGGUGAAAGAAGCGUCUAAUAGCUCAAUAUCUUCUCAACCGUUGCUUUUCAAGGUUUCACAAUUUCUAUCGUGUUUGACAAAUUUGACGUCAGAAGGACAGUUCUUUUUUGAAGAAAGUUAUUCAAUAAAAUACAUGCUUUUAGAACCAAGUAAACCUUUUGAGUCAAUACUAAAUCAAGCAAAAUGUGUAAUCUUAGCCGGAGGGACAAUGGAGCCCGUUACUGAGUUUUUGUCGAACUUGUUUCCCAGAGUUCCUUCCGAAGACAUUACAACAUUUUCCUGUAAUCACGUUAUACCAAAAGAGAACCUGCAAACGUACAUCACGAACCAGCCCGAGCUCGAAUUCACAUUUGAAAAGAGAAUGUCUUCUUCGCUCAUAAAUAAUUAUUUAUUUCAAUUUUUUGUUGAGCUGAGUAAAGCAGUUCCCAAAGAGGGUGGUAUAGUGGCAUUUUUUCCAAGCUAUCAAUAUUUGGCGCAUGUUAUUGGGUGCUGGAAACAGAGUAAUAUAUUCGCUACCCUAAAUAGCGUAAGGGAAAUAUUUUAUGAAUCAAAGGAUGGCGAUGACAUUUUAGCCGAAUAUUUUGACUCGGUAGUAAAUGGCAAGGGAUCUAUUCUAUUUGCUAUUGUUGGGGGAAAAUUAUCAGAGGGAAUAAAUUUUCAAGAUAACUUGUGUAGAGCUGUGGUCAUGGUUGGCCUGCCGUUUCCGAAUAUCUUCAGUGGGGAAUUAAUAGUUAAGAGGAAGCAUUUGGCUGCUAAAAUAAUGAGGUCUGGCGGAACAAAAGAAAAAGCUUCGCAGGUAACAAAGGAGUUUAUGGAAAAUAUUUGUAUGAAAGCUGUGAACCAAAGUGUCGGACGGGCUAUACGGCAUGCAAAUGAUUAUGCAAGUAUCUAUUUGCUCGAUGUACGAUAUAACAGAUCCAACUUCCGGAAAAAAUUGUCACGUUGGGUGCAAGAUUCAAUCAAAUCCGAACGUACAACUCAUCAGGUCAUUUCUUCAACGCGAGCAUUUUUUGCAACACACGGCACAAAUUCUCAUUGA